AUGACAAUUCUGCGAAUCGCUCAGACAAGUUUGGUGCAAGUUAGGCAUCUUCUGCUAGUUGGCAACCAGGGAGUGGGCAAAAACAAGCUUGCAGAUCACUUGCUAUGUUUGUUGCGCUGCGAACGCGAGUAUGUUCAGCUUCAUCGUGACACGACUGUCCAAAGCCUGACUGUAACCCCUACACUUGAGGCUGGCAUUGUUCAUUGGAAAGAUUCAGGGCUCCUCCGCGCAGCGAAAGCAGGGAGAUGCCUUGUGGUGGACGAGACGGACAAAGCUCCUUUGGAGGUUGUGUGCAUCCUCAAGGCUUUGGCAGAAGACGGUGAGCUCGGAACUCAACUGUAA